GCGGUGGACGACCGGGCCGGCCGCCGUGGGAUCGCAUCGCCUCAGGCUCCGGGAUCCCGCACAGAGUGGGAAGUGAAGCGCACCGACACUUGACACACUCCACUCUUCACAUUCACCCAGAAGAGCGCAUGGAUCCGGGGCUUUUACACUUUGAGCGCCGCUGUCCGGGAGGCUGCACAGACCCGCACCGGAGGCAGUAGCUGCCGCAACACCGCGUCCGAACACACGAACCCCCGACAGGAGCCGCCGACAGGAGCGUCCCGAGCCGAGCGGAGCGGGUCAACGUGCAGCGCGGCGGAGGCGGCGGCGGCUGUUCGGUUCCGGAGGAGCAAGCGCGGCGGAGAUGGAGCGGUGGAAAGGCAGAGUGGCCCUGGUGACCGGAGCCUCGGUGGGGAUCGGAGCGGCUGUAGCCCGGGCGCUGGUCCAGCAGGGCAUGAGGGUCGUCGGCUGCGCCCGGAACGUCGACAAGAUAGAGAAGCUGGCGGCUGAGUGUCAGAGCGCCGGGUUCAGCGGGACGCUUAUCCCGUAUAAAUGUGACCUGUCCAACGAGGAGGAGAUCCUGUCCAUGUUCUCUGCCAUCAAGACGCUGCAUAAGGGCGUGGAUGUGUGCAUCAACAACGCCGGCCUCGCCCACAACGAGCCUCUGCUGAGCGGGAGGACGGACGGAUGGAGGAACAUGAUGGAUGUGAACGUCCUGGCCUUGUCCAUCUGCACCCGGGAGGCGUACAAAUCUAUGAAGGAGAGGAACGUGGACGAUGGACACAUCAUCAAUAUUAACAGUAUGGGUGGACACCGGGUCGUUCCCAGUGCUGAUGAACAUUUCUACUGCGCCACCAAAUAUGCUGUGACGGCGCUGACCGAAGGCAUACGACAGGAACUACGAGAGGCCAACACCCACAUCAGAGCCACGUGUAUAUCUCCUGGAAUAGUGGAGACAGAGUUCGCCUUCAGGCAUCACAACAGUGACCCAGAGAAAGCAGCAGCUGUUUAUGAGAGUAUGAAGUGUCUGAAGGCUGAGGACAUCGCCAGUGCAGUGACCUUCGUCCUCAGUGCUCCUCCACAUGUCCAGAUCGGAGACGUGCAGAUGAGGCCGGUGGAGCAGGUUUCAUAGCAGCGAAGGCCGAUGGAACAGAUGGACGGACGGCAGCCACGGUGACUCCUCAGUGACCUCUGCUGGACGAGGAAGGAAAUACAACAAAUCAACUAUCAGGUGGACAGACGUAUGACGGAGGCGGAGCCAAAGCCGUGGAUGUUUGAAACCACUACAGCUAAACUACUGAAUGCGGCGGCAAUAGCGUCGAACUGAGCUGACUUCAAAUAGUCAGUAGAAGUAGCGGAGGGGGAGGAGCUACUGCCCCCAUGUGGUCACAUCCACAACACAGGGAACAGGCCGCUGUUGCACAUGCUCUGUUUGGUUGUUUUUGUUCUUUUUUUUAGGUCAUGUUUCAUAUCUACAUGAAUUCAACAGAACAACUCAUACUGUUUCUGAGAUGACGCCCCUUUAAAUUUUCUAUAAAUGUUUUAACGCUUAAAUAGACGGAUGUUUAAACUGUUAAACACUAACCGAGUCUUAACACACGCCCUCGUUAGCGUCGACACUAGGUCGGCCAUUUUGGAUUCAUCCAUCUGACCUCAGUUCACGUGUGAACCCUGGAACAUGAAUAAAUCAACCCCUCGCCUUCGUGUGAACCGGUUCGUCUUCUCUGACGAAUAUCGCCCCACCCUGGCGCCUUUGUGGGGUUGUUGUGGUUUUCCUUGGAUGUUAGCGUUGCAUGUGUCUGUUGGUGUCAGCGUCUGUUGGCGUCAACGUCUGUUGAUGUCGGCGUCUGUUGGCGUCGGCAUCUGUCGUCCUCAUCAGUCAGAUCCAGAAACACUCAAUAAAUCUACUGUGAAUGUUCAA